CCCCGGCCCCUUUCCGCUCAUCAACACUCACCUGCUGACUAGCAUCAGGUCACAACGUUGCGCUUAAAGUCGCCAGAUUCACAGCACUGAAACACAAACCCAAAGAAUGGAUUCUUGGCUCAACAUGGUGCUGCUGUGUGGACUUCUGUUGAUAGCAUCUCUUCAGACAACCAAAGCGUUCAGAUUUCCACGGUCCAAAAGCGACAAGAUCCAAAUGCUGAAAACAAAUAUCCACAAUCUGCAAGCGCAUUAUAAUACAGGAGGCCCAGAGUGGUUUGGAAAGUCUGUUUUUGUAUCUCAUCUGGAUCAGCUGAAUUCCAAGCCUUCCUGCACUUGUCAGGCACUGUUGCUUGAAAGAAUGCUGAAAAUCUAUGAAGACAUUUUCCAAGACAUGUUGAACAAGUCUGAGGAGAAAGAAGUGAGAGACAAUCUAAAAGAUGUUAUGACUGAGGUGAACAAGCUGAAACACAAGUACAGUGUAGAACAUAAAGUACUGAGAGAGCUUCAGGACAUUCAUUCACUCAAGGUGAAAAAUGGAACAGUCCAAGGAGGGGCAUUAAAUGACUUUCUUAUGGUGUUUAAUCGGGCCUACACAGAAAAGCAUUAUCACAGGGUGCAAUGAGAAGAUCCAAAAGUCCUGUCUAGCAUGUUGUAAACUAGUGCUUUGCUGUUGUAUUAGCCUAUUUAUUUAAAUUAUAUGGACAUUGUUAUUUAUUUUUUUAUUUUGUAAUAUACUCUACUGUACCAUAACACAAAAUAACUUAACUUAAAAUCUAAUUUAUUCUUAUCACAAGUGUGUUUGCAUCAGUUACAGUGCACUGAAAUGGUGAAUUUUGGUUUCUUAACUGUGGAUUUGCUUGAAAUAUUUUGUGAGC